GACGGACGUUGAGAGUGUAACACAGCAUUUCGUUUAGGUUUCAUACCCACAGUGUUAUUGCUAUUAUUGUUUUUGAUUUGUUUGAAGGAUGGGGAUGAUAACGAGGUUUAGAGCAAGACUUCAUGGUCUGCAAGCCCUCACCAAGCUAGACCCCCAAGCUCAAGCAGAGAAGACUGCUCAGACAGUAUGUUUACUAUCGGUGGUUCUGUUACUGCCAUAUCUGACAGGAGGACAUGCCUCCAUACUAGUUGGAGGUGUUGGACUUGGAUACUCCUGCCUGGUACUGCCAAUGGUUAUCUCAGCCAACUACAGAUAUCCUAUCAGUCUACUCAAGGCAUUCGCACUUAAUGUCCAAGACAGAUGUAAGUGUCUUGCUCAACCACUGUUGAACUUCCUAAGGCGGGUCUACGGCCCAGUGGACAUUGUUGAAAGGGCUUUCAUGAGAAUGACCAACAUCUUUACAUUAGUAAACCAGUUAAUAUUCUUCGUUCUGUGUGACCGAGUGCUGGUGCCCAACCAGAGGGUGACUGCCCUGUACUCUCUCAUGUUCUACAACGUGAUCGCGUACUGCGUGUCGUACAUCAAGGAGCUGAUAGAGAAAGAGGAUUGGUCGCCCUGGGUGAGGAUGGCCGACCACUCUAACAUCAAGCACCUCGCGAUGUCUGCUACCAAGAUAGUGCUGGAGUGGACCAAGGCUGUCACUUUCAUCAUCACUGUCGUCUUCAUGCUGCUUGUCUUUGGCUUGGAGCAGGGUCUCGAUAACUACAAACCCACCUUCUUCUACAACAUCACCACUUGGGCGUAUUACGUCGUCACAGAGAAAGUUUUUGUCGAUCUGUUGCUCGUGUUUGUAACUUAUCUUCAACUUCCACAACUGGAGAAUUUGGAGGCUCUCUGGAUUCCUGUGAUUUUCAGGGUAUACACCGCUAUAAUUUCUUUAUUCUUUGCCGCCCCUUUAAUAUUUUACGGCCAAUACCGCUCAGCAUUUAUUGCAAUUUAUGUCAACGUCUACUUGAGAUGUAAAGAAAUGAAACUGAACAGUCUAAAUGCUUUGAACCAAGAGAGAGCUGUUCUCACCCAGUUCCGCUACGCCUCUAGUCAAGAGUUGGCGGAGUUUGACGAUGUGUGUGCCGUGUGUCUGAGCCCAAUGAGACUGGCCAGGAUCACACCUUGUCAUCACAUAUUCCACGGUGAGUGUCUGAGACAGUGCCUCAAAUCAUCUGACCAAUGUCCCAUCUGUAAGAGAGAACUCAAGUUUGACUAAUCUCGGUAUCCUCUGAUGACCAAAGGACACUUCUGUGAUUGCUUAACAUAUCAACGGAUAGUUAUUAGUUCUAAGUAAUGUGCAUUCAAAUUGAAAGCUACAGCAAUUUAUUUAAAACAAGCAAUAAUGUUGAUUUCAAAUACUCGUUAAAAGCUUUGAUGGUAUUUUAUUCAACUGGUAUUAGUAAAAGACACAUAAAACACUUCUUUGGCCUUUUAAAUAUAGAAUCAGAAUGUGAGCUGAUAAAUUUAACUGCAUUUUUAGCAGAUUUAACUGCUAAAUUUUUAUAAAAUUAAAAAGUUAGGGUAUCUACCAAGACAACUAACUCUUUGGAAAACACUAAAAUUACAGUGGGUUUAUUCAGUGUUUCUGUUUCUUAAUUUGAACAUGUUAUAAAAUAUGAUAGCAAGCAAAUGAGCAAUUAAAGAAAAAAGAGUUGAACAGAUUUUAUUUAGUUAAAUUGGUGAAAGGGUAUGACAAAAUACUUGGGUAUUAAAAACAGAUUAUGAUUGUGUAAUAUUGUAGCAACAUUUGUAUAUUUCAAUGAUGCAUCUAAAUUUUAUAAGAAAUAAAAUGUGUACUGUGAUCUUGCUGAAACAUAUUAUGGAAUAUUUAACUUCUAUUUUUUUACAAAGUUCAUAUUCAGAUGUAGAUCGUUCAAGUUCAACAGUUACAAAUGUUAUAUUCUAAUAAAUAUUUCCAAUAAAACAUAUCAGUUUUUAUUAAAACUUCAAGACAACAGUAACACAAAUCUGAUCACUUUAUUGUUAACUUAUAAUAUUCACAAAAAAGAUGUAAAAAAAAAACUACUACUACGUUAAAGAAAGUUAAAGUCAAAGUUGUAAAUUAUUUAAAUUUAUUUCCUUCAUAGGCAUAAUGUAAUAAGAUCAACUCUCAUAGGCAGAAGAAAUUAAACAUAAACUCAACUCAUCAAGAAAUAUAAACCAUAUAUUAAGUUUUUAUUUAAUUUACAAAGAAUAUAUUUGCAUCAACCAACGCCUACUUUUUAUAGAGUGUGGUUAAUUGUAAGUACUGUAUAUAGCCUUGUAUACGCUAAGAACAAAUAAAGAUAUGUAUAUAUUGUAUUUAUUUGUAAUGUUUAAUAAUAGAUUUUUACUCAUUUGUAGAAUAGACAUUUAACUAAGUA